AUGGCGGAGAAGAAGAAUCUGGAAUAUCGGGAUGAGAUUCCGGAGGACAUAUUGUUACAGAUCCUCUUGAGGUUACCGGCGAAAUCUCUAGGCAGGUUCGUAAGCGUAUCCAAGUCAUGGGCAAGAAUCAUCCGCGGUCAGGAUUUCAUCAGACUGUUCUCGUCGCGGCCUUGCGCAACGAAGCAGCCUCGCUUCCUCUUGGCUUUCACUAACGAAGACAAGUGUUAUCAAGAAAGCUGGUCUUUUCUCUCCAAGGAGGAAGCGCCUGAGCUUCUAUCAAGCACGAGGCGUCAGUUGAAGAGUAGAGUCUGCGCUGGAUGA